AUGAAGUUUGAAGACAAGCAUGCAGGUAAUGGGAGCCUUGUAGGAGAGGGUCAGCAAUACCUGGGUGAGAAGUAUCAAGCCAAUGGGAAACGAGUGGCAAAUGGGAGAGGCGAGGUCUCCGUAAAGCAGGAGGCAAAUGGGAAGUGUGGCAUGCCCAGAAAAAGUCUCAACGUGUACAGCUGGCAGGAGAUCCAGAAGCACAAUCAGGACGCUGAUCAGUGGCUGGUGAUCAAUCGCAAGGUCUAUGAUGUUACUGGCUGGGCCAACAGGCAUCCAGGGGGGAGCCGAGUCCUCAACCACUGUGCUGGGGAAGACGCCACGGAUAUCUUCAGAGCCAUGCACCAGGACCUUGACCUCGUAAAAUUGUAUCUUAAGCCACUGCUUAUUGGAGAGCUUUCCCCGGAAGAGCCCAGCCAGGAGAGAAACAAAAGCCCCCAGUUGGUGGAAGAUUUCCAAGAACUGUGGAGAACACUAGAGGCCAUGAACAUGUUCAGUGUCAACCCGGUGUUCUUCUUCCUUCUCUUCACCCAGAUCUUGAUUUUAGAAACCCUGGCUUGGCUAAUGGUGUGGCAUUUUGGCAGCGGCUGGCUUGUGACAGUAUUCAUUUCUCUCCUUCUCGCAAUUUCCCAGGUUCAAUGUUUCUUUCUGCAGCAUGACUUUGGACACCUUUGCGUGUUUACUAAGUCCAAGUGGAACCACCUGAUGCAAAAAAUUGUGAUGAGUCAUUUCAAGGGCUUGUCAACCUCCUGGUGGAAUUACCGACACUCGCAACAUCACGUAAAAACAAACAUCUACCCCAAAGACCCAGAUGUUGAUACGGGUGCACUUUUCGUGCUUGGAGAAUUGCAACCUGUCAAGUUUGGCAAGAAGAAAAUCAUGUACAUCAACUAUGAAAAGCAGCACCUGUAUUUCUACAUGGGUGAGUCUCCUUGGAGCUAUUUUCCCUAA